GCAGAGUACGAAUCACCAUGGAACCUUUCGUGUGGCCGCUGCAAGAAACCAUGAGCCAGGUACUAUUCAGUUCCUUUAUUGGGUGUGCGGCCUAGAUGUGUGAAGUAGAAAACAUAUAGAAAUGACAAUGCAGCCAGUGCGCCUUGGCGCAGUAAAGGAUUGCGUCCUGCAGAUGUGAAGUUGCACAAUGCACAUGCUGUUACAUUGUGAAGCAUCGUUCAUACACACAACCAAGCAUGUUCUUGACAUUAUGUGAGCGAUUCUUUAUGUUUGAUCCGUGCGAUGAAACUGUAAGCAAACUCCGAAACAUAACCAUGUAAAUUAUGCAGAGCAUGCCAUUGAGAACCAGUCACCCUUCCUGAGUUCGUCAGACAUUCCCACAAAUAUAUUAUAGCCCAAAUCACACUGAAAUGCAAAGAUAAGCUCGAGCGCCAUAACAUUGCCGUCCGAUUUUACUUUUUUUUUAAUGACUAUUUCUAAAAUUGAAUCUGAUAUUUUUAUAGCUCUACCACAAAUAUCUUCAACAGAUAUAGACAGGUGGGCAAAUUUUAAUAAUCAUUUCUUGCUCGACUUUCUACGCUCUGUAAAUCUGAAUCCCGGUACUUUAUCUAAAUCUUGGAAACAAAUUAGUUUAGAAAUGUUUAGAGCGUCACAAUUUUAUUUCACAAGUAAACUAGAAUUUUGUAUGUCUUAAAUAUUGAUGUUGUGUAAUCUAUGAUAUGUGGUUGUUAUUGCAUCAUAUCAUUUAAAGUUUCAAACAUAGCCUAACAUUAAUCCGGUGUGUUGAAUUAUCCAGGCCUUAAUAUUUUAUUUCAGAUAAUAGAAACAUUUCAAUGCAUUGUUUAUAGAUGAAUUAUGUAAAGUGGCUUUGAUCAGAUGCGGUGAGUUGUCGGAACGUAAUGAAUCAUGUUGUCUAGAGCGUCGUUUUUGUGUGGUGGCAACUUUUCUGGUUUGUUUUCUAGACCUAAAUGCGAACUAGCAUGCCGAACACUUAGGACAUGUAUGCGAUAUCGCACUCGAACGGAUUUUAGUACUUUGCCUGUCGUUUAUGGUGAUUUAAGAAACAUCUGGUUACCUGUUCGAGAGAGAAGAUUUUGUGUUAACAGCACAUUCGGCUGUCGAAAUUUUUGCUCUCAGCGAGCUUCAGGUGAUGGAGGUGGUGACGGUAAAUCUCCUAGCAGUGAGGCAGGGGAUCAGGACAUCUCGAAUGAAGGAGCGGAAUCUGAGUUUGAGAAACGUCAGUCUCUUCCUGCAACAGUCGUCGUUCCAGAGGUGUGGCCGCAGCUGCCUCUUGUAGCUGUCAGCAGGAAUCCUGUUUUUCCACGUUUUAUAAAGCUAAUUGAAAUAUCCAACCCAAUGCUGAUAAAUCUCAUACGAAGGAAGGUGAAGUUGAAUCAGCCAUAUGUUGGGGUCUUCUUGAAAAAAAGUGAAGAAAAUGAAUCUGAAGUAGUGAACAGUGUGGAGGAUGUAUACUCGAUUGGUACAUUUACGCAAAUCCACGAGAUGCAAGAUAUGGGUGACAAAAUGCGUCUUGUGGUCAUGGCGCAUAGACGUAUCCGCAUGCUUGGUCAAAUUGUGGACAUUGAAGAGCUCGCACCAGAAGAGAUGGACGGGGAUAGCCGUCGACGCAAGCGAAGGAAGAAGCGACCCUUGGUGGUGAGCGCAGACAGUGACACAGAGCCGUCGGAGCCACAAGAAAUGGACAAGCAAGCAGAGGAAGUGAAGCAGCAGCCAGUGUUGAUGAUCGAGGUGGAGAACAUCGUGCACCACAAGUUUCAUCAGACGGAGGAAGUGAAGGCGCUAACACAAGAAUUGAUAAAGACCAUCCGAGACAUCAUCAGCAUGAACCCUCUGUAUCGUGAAAGCCUGCAGCAGAUGCUGUCUCAAGGCCAGCGUGUGGUGGACAAUCCCGUGUACCUCUCCGACCUUGGGGCGGCGCUGACGGGUGCGGAACCAAGGGAGCUGCAAGAGGUCCUCGAGGAAAUGGACAUCCCCAAGCGACUGCUGCUGACCCUGGCUCUGCUGAAGAAGGAGCUAGAGCUCAGCAAGCUGCAGCAGAAGAUCGGCCGCGAGGUGGAGGAGAAGGUGAAGCAGCAGCACAGGAAGUACAUCCUCCUCGAACAGCUCAAGGCCAUCAAGAAGGAACUGGGCUUGGAGAAGGAUGACAAGGACGCCAUCGAAGAGAAGUUCAGGGAGAGACUGAAGGAUAAAACAGUUCCAGAAGCCGUGAUGGAAGUCCUAGAAGAAGAAUUGAGCAAACUGGGAUUUUUGGAGAAUCACUCUUCUGAAUUCAAUGUCACGAGAAAUUAUUUAGAUUGGUUGACAUCUUUGCCGUGGGGAAUCACAAGUACUGAAAAUCUGGAUUUGCAGCAGGCCUCUGAGAUCUUAGAAAAGGAUCACUAUGGCAUGGAAGAUGUGAAGAAGAGGAUUUUGGAAUUCAUUGCUGUGAGCCAGUUGAAAGGAACAACACAAGGAAAAAUACUGUGUUUUUAUGGUCCUCCUGGUGUUGGCAAGACUAGCAUUGCCCAGUCGAUUGCUCGAGCCCUGAACAGACAGUAUUUCAGGUUCAGUGUUGGUGGUAUGACUGAUGUGGCAGAAAUAAAGGGCCACCGACGUACCUAUGUGGGUGCCAUGCCUGGCAAAGUGAUUCAGUGCUUGAAGAAGACUAAGACUGAAAACCCGUUGAUACUCAUUGAUGAGAUUGACAAAAUUGGCAAGGGCUACCAGGGGGACCCUUCUUCUGCGCUUCUGGAAAUGUUGGAUCCAGAACAGAAUGCAAACUUCUUGGACCACUACCUUGAUGUUCCAGUUGACCUGUCGAAGGUUCUGUUCAUCUGCACAGCCAACGUGACUGACACGAUUCCCGAGCCUCUGCGGGAUCGCAUGGAAAUGAUAGACAUGUCCGGCUACGUGGCAGAGGAGAAGCUGGCGAUAGCCAAGCAGUACUUGGUGCCUCAGGCAAUGAAAGACGGUGGACUGACUGAAGAGAAGGUCCACAUUGAUGACGACGCUUUGAAUGUUUUAAUAAAGUCUUAUUGUCGAGAGAGUGGUGUGAGAAAUCUACAAAAGCACAUAGAAAAGGUUGUGAGGAAGGUAGCAUUCAAAGUGGUAAAAAAUGAGAUUACACACAUAGAUGUUCUUCCAUCAAAUAUGCAGGAUUUUGUUGGCAAGCCUGUGUUCACACACGACCGGCUAUAUGACGAUACUCCUCCAGGUGUGGUUAUGGGUCUCGCGUGGACUGCUAUGGGUGGCUCGACGCUGUACGUCGAGACGGCGACGCGCCGACCCAGCGACGACGGUGAUGGCUCCCUGGAGCUGACGGGCCACCUGGGAGACGUCAUGAAAGAGUCUGCCAAGAUUGCACUGACGGUGGCUCGCAACUUCAUGAGCCAGCAUGACUCACAGAACACCUUCCUCAACACCAGCCACAUACACCUUCACGUGCCCGAGGGAGCCACCCCCAAAGAUGGCCCCAGCGCCGGGUGCACCAUAGUUACAGCUCUUCUCUCGCUAGCCAAGCAGCAGCCCAUCAGGCAAGACGUCGCCAUGACAGGAGAAGUGUCGUUGAUUGGGAAAAUCCUGCCUGUGGGUGGAAUCAAGGAGAAGACGAUUGCUGCAAAACGAGCCGGUGUGAACUGUAUCAUCCUGCCAGAGGAGAACAAGAAAGACUUUGAUGAUCUGCCAAGCUUCAUCUCGGAAGGCUUAGAAGUCCACUUCGUGGAACACUAUAAGGACAUUUACGACAUUGUUUUUGGAAACCAAAACAAAGGGAAAAAUAAAGUUUCGUAGCUGGGAGUUUAAAAAGUCUACAUGUUGUUAUUUAUUUUUUGUAAAGUAUAUUAUUUUGAGAGUGGGUUUUUAGGGCAGGCUGUUUAAAUUGUAAUGUAUAAUUAAACUUAUAAAAGGCUACUUAAUUAUACUUUGUUCAGUAUCUUGUGUAACAGCUAGAUUUGCAGCAGACAUCUAACAAUAUUCAUGCUGUGUUUCACUAACUUAACACAGGUGUACAUGUAUUGAACAGAAACUUCUAUUUGUCCUUUGGUUCAACAAUGACAAUGACCAAGACUAACAAUGUUAUGCAAUAGUUUGCUUUGAGCUUUCUGUUAAUUGGUAAGCUGUUUUUUUAUUAAAUGGGAGGUGUAACAUGAG